AUGUCGCUGCCCUCCCACUACACAGCGCUGCUCAACGAUCUGAAUCGUGAUGUCGCUCGUGCGCGUCCCGAGGAUGUUCUUCAAUUCUGCGCCAACUGGUUCAACUCGAAACUGGAAGAGCAACGUCGUAACCAUCUCUCUUGCUCCUCCUCCUCCUCCUCUUGCUCCUUUUUCUCCUCCUCCUCCUCCUCGUAUCCUCAUCCCAACAACCUUCCUUCGCUAGGCCCCAGUGAUCUCGACUUUGGCGGUGUGGCUCCUGGAUUGGCUUCUCCAACACAGCGUGCUUCGGUGUUCAACUCGGAUCCUUUCGCUGCCAGUGCCUCUUGCUCUUGGUCGCAUGUUGUUCCUAUCGACGCUUCUCAAAACACGACUUGGAACGCAAACGCACCGCUCAUCCCUCCCACCUUCAACUUGGCCAGACGUACUUCCGUCUCGGCAGAGAGUAUGGCUCCCUCGGCUCUCGAUGCGCAACACGAUGGAUCGCCGCUGGCCAAGACGGUGAUCCCCAAAUCGGAGGAACAGAUGGAACGGAUCCGUGGAUCUAUUGGUAACAACUUGCUCUUCCGCAACUUGGAGCAGGAUCAGUAUCGCGAUGUUUUACUCGCCAUGAAGGAAGUCAAGGUGGAUGCCAACGUUACCGUCAUCGAACAAGGUGCACAGGGUGACUACUUUUAUGUCGUCGAAUCCGGUACGCUGGACGUCUAUGUUCGUAGUGCUCAAGCAGCUGGAGAGGAAUGCACAGCACAGACUGGUGCUUGCUCGACACUGGGCAACAAGAAAGUUUCCUAUGGUCCUGCAUCUUCGUUUGGUGAACUGGCUUUGCUCUACGCUCAACCUCGAGCGGCUACCGUUGUUUCCACGUCUCCAUGCACAUUGUGGGCCUUGGACCGCAUCACUUUCAGGUCGAUUUUGAUGGAAACCAACUCUCGUCGACGUGCACUUUACGAGAAAUUCCUGAUGGAUGUUGCUCUCUUUGAACGUCUCUCUGCUGCUGAACGGGCUAAAAUCUCGGACAGUCUGGAACUUCGAGAGUAUGCUCCUGGAGAGGCGGUUAUCAAGCAAGGAGAACGUGGAUCCGAGUUUUUCAUCAUCGUUCAAGGCAACGCUCAAGUGCGCAAAUGCAAGCAAGGUGGCAGUGAGGAAGUCGUUGGCAAACUCUCCAGGGGGGAUUACUUUGGUGAACUUGCGCUGCUCAAUAAUGCUCCUCGUGCUGCUACCGUUGUUGCUGCUGCUGCCAGUGCAACGGCUACUGCCGGUGAGCCGGCUAAACUUCGAGUGGUAACAAUGUCGGAGAGGGCUUUUACAAGGUUAUUGGGUCCUCUGGCUGGCAUUUUGGAGAGACAUGCAAAGGAGACUUAUGGCGAUGAAUAUAUCGGUGCUGGUGCUGGUGCUGGUGCUGGUGCUGGUGCCAAUGGUGGCGUGGGUAGUGCCGGGAUGGCAGUUGGUUUCGGCGCGGAGAGUAGUAAUCCUCAUCCAAUGCAUUCGACUGCUAAGCCGGGUGAAGGGGCUUGGUCUGCGCCUAAUCCCUUUGCUGCUGCUUGA